AUGUUGGGCAUGGCUCAAUUCAAUCUCAAUCUAUACAACGACAGUGAGAAGUCAUACCAAACAGCAAUGACCAUCACUCCUACAUCACCAUUCCCCUUAAGAGGAUUGAUGGAUCUAUUCCAAAAGACAGGUGAUGUGGACAAGUUGAUAAAGACAAUGGAGGCACUGAUACCAUUGACACCGGAUGCUGCAAAGAGUAGAGAGUUCCAAUUUAAGUUGUUGGAUAUAUAUUGUAAUAAUCAGAGAUUGAACGAUGCAUCCAAGUUGAUCAAACAGAUGUUAAUGUUGCCAGACAUUGAUGAGUCGGCAAGGUUGAAGUUGUUGGUUAAGCAGGAGACCAUGCAAUAUAACGAGACUGCCACCAUCAUCAAGGAUCAGUCACAGGCCAUCAUGAAACAACGAAACAUCCCUAUCAUCAAUCCAGCCAAGCGUCAUGUCAUUGGCGCGGCCUCCCACACCGAGCAACAGAAGCAAGAAGUGCGCCUCAUUGAAUCUCAAGUCCAAUCAGAUGUCUACAAGACAUUCAAUGUACAACUAUAUCAAGAACUGAUCGCCAAGGGAGAGAAGGUUGUCGAGCUGGUUGGCGCCAGUGCAAUGGAGACGAUAUAUACAAACUACAUCAAUAUACUUCAGAGGAAGAGCGUGGCUGAGAGUGUGCCGGCCAAACGCAGCGAGUUGCACAACGAUGUGUACAACGCAUGCGUCGCAAUGAAUAGACUGCUGCUGAAUAGUUACUUCCCGUUGGAGACACUACUGGCUAUGCUGGACGAGCAGGAUGUGGACCGAUCCAGCCUGCUCAGUCUCUCGCAAAUGUUGGUGAUGAUGCACCCGACUCGAGGAGCCGGCUGGGUUGGACUCGGCUAUCACAUGGUUAUCGUACUGGGCGAUAGAAGCGAGACGACUCGCAAGGCCCUGGAGCGCGGCCUCACCACAUCGCCUGGCUCAUUGCUUGGCUACCACGCUCUGCUUCGCCUGCUCCUUGAGCGCGAUGGUGCAGCCGCUCACAAUCAGAUCAGAGAGUUGGUGGGCAAGGCACUUGGGCAAGUUGCGCAGCGCGAGGUACAGGAUCAACUGGUGCUCUCACAGCUCUUCAUUGACAUUCACUUGGUGCUGUCAGAGUCCUGCGAGAACAUGGGCGACAGCGAGACCUCGGUCAAGGUGCUGGAGCAAUGUCUCAAGCGCUACCCAGAGAAUGGCCAGCUCCUCUUUGAGCUUGGACGCGCACACUAUCGCGACUCACGAUUCGACAAGGCCCUCACAUGUUUUGCCGACAUUGUUCGAACUCAGCCAUCCUCGAGUGUGUACCGGGCACGCUCACUCUCAUAUCUCUCCUGGAUACGCCUCCAGGACAAGGCUGAUACCACUGACCCCGAGAGCAUUCGUGCCGACCUUACCGAGUCGAUGGCGAUCGAGGACAGCUAUCUCACACACUAUCUCUUUGCGUUGCUCGCGCUCAAACUGAACAACACUAGCGAGGCCAAGAAGUGCCUCCAGAAGUCUGCACAGAUGAAUACUACAUUUGCCCCAACCUUUGCUCAACUGGGCCUCGUCCUGCUUGCAGACAGCGACACUGAUCGUGCCGAGAAGUGCUUCCGCAAGGCGUUGUCCCUGGAUCUGCUCAACGGACAGGCCGGUCCAGCACUCAGCGAUGUGCACAUGGCCAACAAACAGCCCGACCAAGCGUUCAGGUUGUACAAGGAGAUCACCCGACACUGCACUGAGAAUCAACGACACUUCCAAAAGAACGUCGGAAGGUGCUCGUGGGCCUUCUACAGGCUGGCGCUCUAUCAGAUGGACAUUGGCGAGCUGGAUGCCUCAUCGCAGUCCUUCCUCACCGCCAUCAAGGGCGCGCCAAACAACGCCGUGUAUUGGCGUGCGAUUGGCGAGUGCUACAGACGCCAGACCAAGUACAUCGCCGCGCUCAAGGCACUCAAACACGCCGAGACACUGCUCAAUGAGAGCCACGAGGUGGUGCCCGAGCUCAACUACCAGAUCGCCCUUCUCGACAAGACUUUGGGCAGCUACGAGGAUGCCAUCGACGAGUUUGACCUAGUGAUGGUGACGCUCGAGUCCCACGUGCCCUCGCUCAAGGGCAAGGCCGAGUGUCUCUUCCUCCGGGCCAAGGAGUUCAUGACCGAGGGACUGUACCAUCGUUCGCUCGAUUACUUGCAGCGCGCCCACGUCACAAUCAAGCAGGCCAUUGACAAAGAGCAGAAGUUUGAGAGUCUUUGGAAGUUGUUGGGUGACAUCUCUACCCACUUCCAUCUCUUGCCAACGACUCCCCACACCUUGGACAUGCUGUCACAAGGCUCUGACGCGUAUAUCAAAGCCAUUUCCAUCGCUCAUGGUCAUGGACUCACUGGUCUCAAUGCCGAGUCCUCACUCAAGGACCUGGCAAUCAAUCAUUAUUACCAAUACAUCAGGUACAGGGCACUCACGAACAGUGACCCCGCAUUGCAGGAGAAGACCGAGGCGCUUUACAAGUCAUCGAUCAAGUUCGCCACACAAGCACUGAACAUGCGAUCAAACGAUUGGUCGCUUUGGAACAUCAUGGGCGUGGUCCUGAUGGAGCGCUACCCCAAGCAGAGCCAGCACGCAUUCAUUAAGUCAAUUCAGCUCAACUCCUCUCAGUACAUCCCAUUCAACAAUCUGGCGGCACUCUACACGCAGACACCGGGAAACACCGACUUGGCCAACUCUGCACUGUUGCUUGCUCGCUCAAUCGACUCGGAUGCGCCAUCGAUCUGGUCUCUCCAAGGACUGAUACACGAGCUGGACGCAGGCAACAUUGAGUUGGCGCACGCUGACUACAUGCACAUCUCGAUCGCAUUAGAGGAGCGCUCGAUGGGAGAUGCGAUGCUGGGACAAGCCAUCCUAGCCUACGCCCAUGACGACCUUUCCAACGCAGAGCAGAUCCUCUCAACGUACACCACUCUCUACGACGGCGUCACGCCUUCACUCUCACAGGCCUACAACUAUCUUGGAUUGAUCUAUGAGCGCAAGGCACAGUACACCCUUGCCGCUGAGCACUUCUCCAAGUCGAUCAGCUUGCUCGCCAACCCCGAUCAAUCAGUCGCCUGUACAAACGCUGCCGCCACACUCACAGGCAUUGGUCCGGAGAACGUCGAGAAACAGGCCGCGGGACAGACGUCUGCGAAGCGACUGUUGGAAGUGAACCUUGCGCGAUCACAGUACAAGUCGGGAGACUACACAGGAUGCAUCAAGACACUGCAGGCGUAUACUUUGGCGAGCCCAACACCUGGAAACAGCGCGAUUUGGGAGCUGGUGGCACUGAGUCAGCACAAGUUGGGACAGAUCGAUCAGGCCGUCAAGUCCUACCAGAGCGCUAUCGGAAGCCUGGCUGAUGAUGGACAGAAGGCCACACGCCAGAGUGUGUUGCUGGUGUCACUGGCCAUGAUACUCUACGCGAGCAAUCGACUGAAGCAAUGUGAGCAGGUCAUUGAGCAGGCGUUGACUAUCGACAAAAAGUGUUUGCUGGCUCACUACCUCAAGGCGACGAUCUAUCUCCAGGCUGGCGAGUUUGAAAAGUCUACGGCAACAAUCGCCAACCUCAAGUCAACAAUCAUGUACGUGCCACUUGAGUGCUAUAUGAUCGAGGCAGCCAUAGCCCUGCGACAGAACCAGUUUGAGUGCGCCAGACAGCACUUGCUUAAGGCCUGUCACUCAUACCCACAACAGUCCAACACCUGGAAGUGUCUGUUGGACCAUCUGCUACAGCAUCAGCCACAUCAGAGCAGCCCAUCGACAAUCAAGUCCUUGGUCGCCCUGUUGAACCGUCGUCAACAGAUCCAUGACAACAGCCUGGAGCUGAGCACAGCCCGCGCACAUCUAAUCCAAACAUCACAGUCUGCUCUGGACAACAUCAAGCAGUCGACUCAGAUGGUCAAGAGAAUGAUAAUGCAGCGUCCACUCGACCAUGGUGCGUGGUAUGCUCUGGCCAACCUCUUGUUUAUCCACGCCACUCACACCAAUGAUGCGGACGAUCUCCAGGCAGCAAUGGCAGCACACGACACCGUUGCCACAUUCGCCAACAACUCAGACAAGCUGACUCAAUCACAGAGGACUCAGCUCGAUCUACAGAGAGCUGAGGUGUUGUUGCUGCAAUCUGCUAGUAAGGAGGAAUUUGUCAAGCUUCAUGCCACAUUGAUGAAGCAGUACUCCAACGAUGCCAAGACAUUGGCAUUGCUCACAAGACUCCUCGCCAGGCAGAAGAUCGUGGAACAAGGCAACGACUCCAAGGAGGCAGUACAGCUCUACAAGCAGGCCAUCACAAAGGACCCACACAACAUCAGUUUGUACCAUGAGUUGGCACAAGUUUAUGAAGAGUUAAGAUUAUUUGAUGCUGCGCUACUUUGUUUGAACAAGUCAUUGGAGAUUGCUAACAGCAGCAGUAGCAACAGCAAUGUCAGCAGUGGCAACAAGGAGCAACAGGUGUUUGUGACGACAUGCAGGAUUGCACGUCAUCAUUUGAUGUUCAAGCGAACAAAGGACGCCUCUAAAUUGAUGGACUCGUUGGACAGUGCGAAUCAAUCAAAGAAUCCAUUGGUACAACUACUUCGUGGUAUGUCUGGUGUGUUGGCCAAUGCCGACAAGAAGACACAGAACAAACAAGCGACCAAUGAGUAUGACAACUGCUUUGCCAUGCUCAAUGAGGCUAUCAAUACAUACUCACGUCAGCCUCUUGCCAACUACUAUGCCAUGUUGGCUGGAUCGAGUGGAUCCAAUCCACUCAUCAGUGGCAAGCGUGAGGAAUAUGUAUCUCGUGAGCAGUUGUCCAGCCCGCAACUGCCAUCCCAGACUUGGACGUCUUCAAAAUAA